GGUUCAGUUCCCACAAUGCAGCGUUGCCGCCUGACCCCGCCGCCACCCUACGGCGGCCCGUGGGAUUCGGAGACGGAGGGGGCGGGGCUCAGACCGCCGAAGUUCUGCCCUGCAGCCGCUGCUCGGGCUGCGGCCUCGGCGCGAGCCGGGCCCGCGCAGGUGCUGGCAAGGGUCAUCAUGGUGCACCUUGCUCAUCUCCUUAUGAAAAAUUAUCAUGGAGGACAUGUCGCUAUCCGAUUGGCACUUGGCGGCUGUGCCAACAGACCCUUCUUCCGUAUAGUGGCCGCACAUAACAAGCGAGCACGGGACGGCAAGUAUUUGGAGCAAGUGGGCUGCUAUGACCCACUCCCAAAUAGCCAUAAUGAAAAGCUUGUUGGCUUGAACAUCGAGAGGAUCAAACACUGGAUUGGUUGUGGAGCACAUGUCACGAAACCAGUUGAAAAACUUCUAGGUCUUUCUGGAUUUUUCCCAUUGCAUCCUAUGACGAUCACAAAUGCAGAAAGAUUAAGGAAGAGAAGAGCCUUGAAGGCCGAAACAGCUUCUGAGGAAGAAACUCCAGGUGACCAAUAACAUUUAUCUGAACUGAAUUACUCAAAAGAUUACUGUACAGACAACGAUCAGAACAGGGUGCCAACUAAAAAGGACAAUAUACGUACCACAGGCAAAAACGAUAGUGGAUGUGAAUUAUUUCGUAAGAACAUUAAAGUAUUUUGAGGCUUUAGGAGGCCUCAGACAAGGA